CAUAGCAUACUUGUGCGUUCUAAUGUGUAGGCGAUCGGUGACGAGCUCCGGCAGAUUUCUUGAAAUCAUUUAUUAAUGUGCAUUGAAUAGUUUUGGGGAGACGGACACUCGGAUUCAGCUCGAAGAAUCUCUACAUUGAGACUUUUGGAGGUAUCGAAACGCUCACGUUCAGCUUAUGCACGUUAUGGAUUCCAUAGGAUCAUACAAAUUACGUUAACUUGCCUUUGGAGGAUUUUUACUGACUCUGUUGCUGAACUGCUGGGCACGAUCCGAAACCCUGUUAUUGCUUUACGGUUUGGCAGUGAUAUUUUUCGUAAGGUAUUUGAUUUUUAUGAAACUUUAAAGUGAUGUUUCAACACAACAAAAAGUGUUUUACCAUCGAAUCGCUCGUCGGCAAAGAUGCCAUUUCCUCGACAUCUGGGGACGAACCUAUUAGACCGACAGCGCUGAGAUUGACGGAGUCUGUUCAUCCCGCGCCUUUUGGGACAUGUUUCCAGAACUCCGGCAGGACCUUGUACAGUGGCCCGGAAAUGAUGUUCCCAGAUCCGGGCUCCCAUGCCACCAACCCCGCACUGUCGCUCCAUCAUCUCCAAAUCCCCACGCAGCAUUUCUUCAACCCUCACCAGAGAGACGCACUGAACUUCUAUCCGUGGGUGCUGCGAAACCGAUAUCUUGGACACAGGUUCCAAGGUGAUGACAGCAGUCCAGAGAACCUGCUUCUGCACGGACCAUUCUCCCGCAAGCCCAAGCGCAUUCGCACGGCCUUCUCUCCCUCGCAGCUGCUGAGGCUAGAGCGGGCCUUCGAGAAGAACCACUAUGUGGUGGGUGCAGAGCGCAAGCAGCUCGCCAACGGCCUCUGUCUUACCGAAACACAGGUAAAGGUGUGGUUCCAGAACAGAAGGACCAAACACAAGCGCCAGAAGCUGGAAGAGGAGUCUCCGGAGUCGCAGCAGAAGAGGAAAGGCAGUCAGCACGUGAGCCGCUGGCGAGUGGCCACACAGCAGUCCGGUUCGGACGACAUCGAUGUCAUCUCCGAGGACUGAGACCUCCAGACUCGCUCGAAUCAGACUCAAACCUCUCCGAGACACUAUCCGUGACAGAGAGAGUACAACAUGUUUGAUUUUGCUUUUGUUUUUGUUUUGGUUUGGUUUGCGUUAUUUUUAUUUUUUUAAAUAAAUAUGUUCAAAUAGCAGUGGCAGCAGUGACUGGUGAUGGUGUGGCGUGGUCAAGGGCCGGGAGCGCUCCCCGCAGGCAGCCCCGAACGUGGGACGGAUCCGAAAAAGAGGAUCGCCAGCUAUGCAGUUGUAGCGCCAGCGGCACAGAGACAGUGUGUGGGAGAACUUCUUGACUGAAACAAACGUCUCAGAAGUCUUUAGCCCUUCGGAUUGGCGGCCAGUGGCGGCCAUUUACUCACCGGCGUGUUUCACACAGUGAAAUACAGUCACAUCAUUUACUAUUCCACUUGAGUUUCAUUUUUUAAAUCACCUUUGAAGUCUUCAACUGUCUCACCUCACUGUCUUGUGUCAGCAUAACCUUCACUAAAGAUAGCGUGACUAUCUAAUCAUCAUUUGAGUUGUUUGUUUGUUUGUUUGUUUGUUUGUAUAAUUGAAUCCACUUGCUUAAUUGUAUAACAUGCUUUGUAUGUUGUUCAAUAACAGACACUUGUUUCAAGUUGGAAAUUGCUGUGCUUCUGGUGAGAUAUACGGCAUCGAUUUGUUUAUAUUUUUAAUAGCCCUGUGCUGUGCCAUUUUCAUUCGAUACACAAAAAACAGGAAGCCUUUUCCCCCACAACCAAUCAGUAAAAAUAUUUCAAAUCUCUCCAGUGUUUGCACAUUAGAUAGUUCUGGUGUUUUGCAAGUUAGAGUUUGUAUGCAAUAUUAACAACAACAACAACAACAACAACUUCUAUGCAUUUGUGUUCCUUACCUGUAGUCAAUGUUUUCCAUAUUUCCUCAGUUGAUCCUCUGCUUUCUGGGUUAGAUUGUCAUUUAUUGAAAGGGCAUUCAUGAUGAUCUACAUGUAAUUAUCAGACAGUGAAACCAAUGUGUCUGAAAAUGUGCUUGGGAUUCACACAGAGACAGCAAGGCUGUGGUUUGGGACAAUGCUAACUUUGAAAUCAUUUUGUAGCACUUCAUAGCAAGAUUCUGUCUAUAAUGUUGGAAUG